AUAGUGACCCUACCUUUCCUUCCUUCACGCUACGUUUCCAAAUAUUAUGGAAAAUGUAGUGUUUUUGUCCUUUUGCUACGGUCAGAAACUCGGCAUAACACACAUUACGGACUGGUGGGAGGGCUGUUUUUCGGUAGGCGUACUGGCCAGGCGUGUGAUGUGUGUGAAGUGAAUCCGAAUCGUCUCCAUUGCACAACCAUCCAGAACGAAAGGCAAAACACCUGCGGAAAACGCAUUUUGUGAUAACACUCUAGUCAAAAAAGUCUGCACCCCGUCUCCUUCCCUUCCUCCCCGUGGUAAAUUGCUGUUGCACCGAUCCAAACGUGAAAGAAAGAAAAAAAAGAAACAUAAUACGUACAGCAAGUAAUGGAUACCAGUUUCCCACCACCGAGUGCCAUUAUUUUUGAAACCCGUGGAAAACGCCACGAUUGAUAAGAACCCGGAGUGGCGUGUCGCAUACACAUACGCCCGGCUGCAUAUGUAUUCGUGGUCGGCGGAUAUCGGCCCAACGGAGCGCGGAAACCACCCGAUCGAACGUAAAGUGUCGCAAACAGGUGCACAAACAAGCAAAGAAAACGGGCGAGCAAAAGGAGAAGGUAUUGCCGAUUAAAAUAACUUUCAUACAAGAAACCUCGCGCGACACACAGUGUGCGCCUUAUCGCGACCUCAAGAACGGGUUACAAUCGAGUCGAUUGUACACGGCGACGGGCAGUAAACGAAUGGUGUGAACCCUUGGAGAACGCUUGUAGCAGGUAAAAACGGCCCCAGCGGCCCACAACCAGUUACGAGGUCGGCGAUGCAGCAGCAGUGAAAACGUAUCGAACAGCAAAGUUUCGUAAUACCGAAACAGUACCGUCUCGCAAAGCCGUUUUGGACAAGUGUCUGGAAAGUGCCGAACAGCACCACAUAAUGUUCACGUCGCUAAAGAACAAAAUUCGCGAAGAAACUGGCAACGAUGUAGCACCACUGUCCGUGUCCCGAACGCGCCGCAGCCGGCCCGAAUCACUCACCAGUGCCAGCUCGAUCGACGAGCUAAGCGUGCUGGAGCAGAAGGAUGCCGAGCUGAACGCAACCAGGCUCGAGCUGCAGGAGCUUGCCGGUCAUUUGAGCAGCUGCCGGGAGCAGGCACGCACCCUGGAGGAGGAAACCGCACGGCUGCGGCAAACGAACAGUGCGCUCGAAGCGAAACUGCAAGCCAGCCAGCUGCAGCGGGAUCUGCAGCGCGAAGAGCAAGACAAGAUACAGAACUGCCAGCAGCAGGAAAUAUCGAAGCUAAAGAGUAUGCUACUGUUUCGCGAGCAGGAAGCUAUCGACCGGAUAGCGCACCAGAAGAAUGCCGAACAGCAGGCCGAAAGUCUCCGGCAGGAAGUGAACCGCCUGCGCGAGCUCGAACCGAUGCUGGAAAACACACAGGACGAGCUGGAAAAUUUGCGCCAUUCGUCGCAAUGCGAACGGAACAGUCUGAUGUCAAAGUUGGCCGCGGUCGAGGAAGCGAACCGGCACCUGAAAAGCCGCGUCCAGGUGCUGGAUACGCGCGUCUCACUCGGCACCACCGGUGGCAGUACGGAUGAGAAGGUGCAGAGUUUGCUGCAGGAGCGUGAUCUGCUCGAACAGCGGCUAGAGGCGGCCCAUCUGCAUCUGUCCGACAUUAAGACACGCUGGAGCGCACAGAACAUGACGCUCGAGACGCAGGUAAGCCGUUUGUCGCGCCAGGUCGCGGAGGAAACCACCGAAAAGCAUAAUGCGCUCAAGGUAAAGGAUGAGCUGAUCGAGAAGCUGAAGCAGCUAGAGUUCGAGUUCGAGAAGCUGCGGUCGGAAAUAACGCAACGUGACAAUAAGAUCAAGCUUAUGAAUGAAGAAAUCGAUGAAUUGCAUUCUACCCUGCGUGAGGCACGUGAGCAGCAUGAGGAGGAGGUCACGUUCAUGAGCAGCAAAGUAGAUCAACUGCAAACCGAAUGUACCGACCUGCGUACGAACCUCACCGAAUCGGAACAGCGACUGCUGGAGUGUUUGGAGAGUGCCGACCGCGCAACCGGUACCUAUCAGGGCCAGGUGGCCGAGCUGGAGAAUGCCGCGCGGGAACUUAAUCGUCAACUGGCAAGCGAAACUCAGGAGAAAAUGGCUGUACUGAUGAAGAACGCAGAAAUGUCACAGCAGGAGGAAAUUUUACGCCAGGAAUUGCGACACGAGAAAGAUGAAUCGAUCGAGCUUCAUGAACGUGCUAUGAUGCUGCAGCAUGAACUAGAUAAACGCCUAAAUACGGUCAACGAGCUGAGAAAACAGGUGGACGAACUGAUGACCACGAAUCUCAAUCUGAACGCUGAUCUGGUAGACAAGAACAAGGUUCGUUUGCGCGUGAUGAGCGCCAAGAAAGCCCGCUUUAUAAUGCUCUCUACUUUGCAGAUUAUAAAAACACUAAACCAACGUCUCGUCGAUAUGAAGAAAACGCUCCAGGAGGAGCUUAAGGGUCAACAGAAUGGCAACAAUAAUAAUAACAACAAUGGCGCCAUCGGCUACGUUGGCGCAAAUCAACCACCACCAUCCCACGAACGAUCGCUGGAACGAUCGAAAAGCUUUGAAGGGAAAAUGAUAGCGAAGGAGAACGGAAUCCCGAAGCAAAACGGUACCAGCAGUGGGCCCGUAGUGAUGGAUGAGGUGAACUUUCGCUAUCUGAAGCAUGUGAUAAUCAAAUUUCUUACUAGUCGAGAGGUUGAAGCACGACACUUAAUAAAAGCCGUCUCAACGCUGCUGCAGCUUAGCUACGAGGAGGAGAAACUGCUUCAGGACACGCUUAACUGGAAGAUGAGCUGGUUCGGCAGCCGACCGGGACAGGUAACGCUGUCGACCAGCUAAAAAUCUGCCUCAUCAUAAUACCACCCAGGUGCAGACGUGCGACGACGCGAACGUCCCCGCACACGCUUCACGCCAAGCCUCCUAGCAUCAUAUCUCCUUAUACAGUUUUUUCUCUCAUUUAUCGGAAUCUUCCAAGGGGACAAUUCAGACAAAAGCAAACGAAACUCAACCACAACCAAAGCGUAAUCUCUAGCAUAUAUUUAGUAGAUAUCAAACCGGACAGUGCAAGAGAAGUAACAUAAUCAAAAGAAAGGGCAAUUUACGCUAAUGGGCAUGAAUGGGUUAAGUGAUUACGCAUAGCUAUCAUUUGUCUGCACAAACUGGUACAAUAGUCAGUAUAGUAGCCCUUCUACCUUUAAAAAGGAUGUUUCUUUUUUGUUAGUUUUUGUAGCUAUCAUUUAUUUUGUAGUUAUUUACGUGAAUUUAUGGAAUGCAUUUCCUUGCAUUCGUAUUACCUGCAACAUUCCCUUAGUCAAAAACAAAUGUCUAUAUGAAAGCCUUUUAUACGAUUUAUAUUGCUUACAUUUAUGUUACACCAUAUGUGAUUUGCUUUCCAAAGAUACCAAGUAUUUACAAUGCCAUAGUAUUAGGUCGGGCGAGUAUUCCGUGUGAUUUUGAUGAGUGAGUUCGUUUCGUUUUAAACGCACGUUUUGCUGCAUUUUGUUAGCUUUUGUAUUAUUUUUUUAUCUAUAUACAGCUUCUUUAUAAAAGGUAGUGUGGCGCACACGAUGCGCAAAACGUUUAUUCAUUUUCGGCUUGUGACGAUUGUUGAGCGGUAAAACCAGAAAAGAAGUACAGUGCAAUAACGGUUGAAAUGAAGCAUCCUUGCCAGUUUAAGGGUGCGGAGUGAAGGCGAAUACCGCAAGCUGCCUAGCUGCCCAAAACAGGUUCAUUGUUCAUGUGUUCCACACAGCCAUUAUUCAUGUUUAUACGAAUUCAAAUAAACCAAUAUACGCUAGGUAAAUUAAA